CGGUACUUGUCCCCGGUGGCGUGGAUCUCGAAGCGUCCCCCAGCCGUAGGAUGCACCAAAUAUGCCCGCCACGUGUCUCCCCUCCAUUCGGGAGUCGGGGUGGUUUUUGCCUACAAAUACCCUAUUGCCAAAAUGGUGGGAUUACUCUGUUAUUCUGCCAGAUUAUUUCCUCUCUAGACUCCUUGUAAGUCCCUGAUUUUCUCCUCCGUACCUGCUAUGUCUUCUGUUGUCCCUAGGCCGUCAGCCCAUCAGCGUUCCGGAAACUUAUCCGAUGACGGUUGUAACUCAGGGGAUGGCCUUUCGGUUUAUAAGCGUGGGAUGCCCCCCAGCCUCCUCGUUUCUCCCUUAACUUCCAUCUCGUUCGGCGUCAACGCCAACGUCUGCUUCUUAGCGAAAAAAAACCUGAUUCCCCAAUUGCUUCCCCCUCCACGGGUUUGGGACGCACGGUUCCUCCGCCAUCCUAUGCGGCAUCUACCUGGCCACGUGGUCGUCCAUCUGGACUCUGUGGCAGCGGGUUUCCUUUUCCCGCUGCUGCCUUUCCAUAUCUCUCUUUUCACGGGACUUGGUAUCGCCCCGGCCCAACUCGUUCCGAAUUCCCAUCAGAUUCUCGCCGGUUUCAUAAUCCGGUGCCACAACGUGGGGGUCGAGCCGUCUAUGAAGUUGUUUCUGCAUUUCUUCCGGCUUUCCUCGUACGGCCAGACGGGUUAUCUCAGCAUAGUGGCCCGUUCGUGGAGGGUUCUCUUUUUCAACAACCCCUCCAACCCGAACAGUUGGGAGGAGAGGUUCUUCCUUGUCAGGGUUGAUUCCCAUCUCCCCUUCUCCGAUCGGUGGAAUGCUUUCCCGGUCAAGUUUGAGCCUCCGGUUCUCCAUUCGGUCGAGCUGGAACAGGCCGCUCGUAUCGCCGGUGCGGGGGUCCAGAACCUGCGUUUGCUGGUGAAAGACACCAACUUGGGCAAGGCCAGCAUAGGUACGUCCUCGCUGUGGCCCGGGUUGUGGACUCUCUUUUUUGUGUCUCCCAAACAUUGUUCUAAUAAUUUUUCUUCUCCUUUGUGCAGGGCUUUAUCCCAGGUCUUCUGCCAUGGUCCCUCAAGCCCGUGCUACUCCCUCCUCUAGUCGGGCUGACGCUAGCAAGGGAAAGCAGAUAGUUGGUGAGGAUCAGGGCCAAAAAAGGCCCAAAGCCGAACCCACUGGGGAUGAACGGCCCCCCAAAAAGUCUCGCCAUGGGGAAGGAUCCUCCAAGGCCGUGGUGGUCCUUGAUGGGUCAGAUACUGAGGCCACCUCUCUUCCUAAGCCGCCCCCCGUCACUUCGUUGGGCAAAGGUUCGAGCGAUCCUCCUCUGUCUGGUUCAGAGGAUUCGUUUUCUGAUAUCAUUGAGUUCUCUGGUUUGGGCCCCCGUGCGGAGUCGAAAAGGUUGUUUGGGCAGACGGCCUCUUCCAUUUGGUGUUCUUUGGGGUUGAAACUCCCUCGUGACCUUGUUGCUCGUGACAGCGCGGUGGAUCUUCAUGAGUGUGGCCUUAGCACACUCAACAAGGCCGCCAUUUAUUUUUGCAAGGCGCGGUUUGCCUAUGAAGCUCAGGAGCGCGCUUCCGCCCAGGUGCGUUGUGAAGCCGAUGAUUUGGUGAAGAAGGCCAAAGAGCGUCUGCACAAGAUGCAGCACGAUUUGAACGCUGCCCUUGGGCUCGCUAAGGGAAGCACGUCUCUUCAGGAGACAGUGAGGAAACAAACCGAGGAGCUGCAGCUGCUUCGUGCCAAAAUGGUCGCCGUGGAGAAGUCCGACGUGCAGCUUCGCCAGGUUGGUAUGGAUGGGGCCGUUCCUGUAUUUGAGGCUGAUGUUUCCAAGAUCAAGGAGGCCGGCGCUAUUGAGUUCCAGAAGUCCCGUGCCUAUGUUGAUGCCGUGAAUGUCCGUGUGAAGGAGCGUCUUGCCCAAAGCUUCGGGGAGUUCCUGGCUAAGAGCUCCGAUGCGCUGAAGGAUGGCAUUGAGUUGGUAUCGGGGACCUCCGCUGGCCAAGAGUUCCUUGCAGAGCUUGCCGACGAUGCCUUUGCUAAAGGGAUGAUCGGCCUUUUGGCCGGAAACCUCCCAGCUCUCCAGUGUUAUCUCCCCACCCCGUUUGAUCCUGAGUCCGCUGGCUUCAAUGCUUCGUUUGUUGAAGCUUAUGGGGAGGCUUUGAAGGACAAGUGCCAGGUGAAGGACGGUGCCCCCCUGGCUGGGUGAGUUUGUCAAAUUCUGCUUGCCAGCCGUACCUCCUGGUUAGCCGGCCGUUCUUCCCGAAGUGGCUAAUGUUUUUAAGAUGGCUUACUUCAGCCCUCACGCCUCUGGGUUCAUAAAAAGCUCUUGCAGGCACAUCUAUAUUCAAGGAUAGCUCCCCGAGGCGUGACGGUUCCGGUUUUUUUGUACUCUUGAUUUCACUCUGAACUCGUGUUUGUUGUACUUUCCGGCCGGUAGAGCCGAUGAAUAAAGUGUAUUACUUGCUCGCCGUGAUCGUCUUUAAACUUGUCGUCCGUUUGUCUUUCUGCUUAUUCUUUCCUUUUGGGGAUUCCCCAAUGCCUCUCUCAUUUUAUUUUUUUUGGGAGGUCUUUGGCUUCGCUCCGUCGUCCGUUCGUCUUACCUGCCCAUUUGGCCCGGUCCUGUGGAUCCUAAGCUGGGCUCGGCCGCGAUUGUGAUGCAGAACGGUUUUAUCCCUUUUGGGGAUUCCCCGGUGCCUCCCUCAUUUUUUAGGAGAGGUCUUUGGCUUUGCUCCGUCGUUCGUUCGUCUUACCUGCCCAUUUGGCCCGGUCCUGUGGAUCCUGAGCUGGGCUCGGCCGCGAUUGUGACGCGGAGCGGGUUUAUCCCCUUUGGGGAUUCCCCGGUCUUCGUCCCGUCAUCCGUUCAUCUUACCUGCCCAUUUGGCCCGGACCUUGGUAUCCUGAGCUAGGCUCGGCCGCGAUUGUGAUGCGGAACGGGUUUAUCCCUUUCGGGGAUUCCCCGGUGCCUCCCUCAUAUUUUUUGGAGAGGUCUUUGGCUUUGCUCUGUCGCCCGUUCGUCUUACCUGCCCAUUUGGCCCAGUCCUGUGGAUCCUGAGCUAGGCUCGGCCGCGAUUGUGACGCGGAGCGGGUUUAUCCCCUUUUGGGGAUUCCCCGGUCUUCGUCCCGUCAUCCGUUCGUCUUACCUGCCCAUUUGGCUCGGUCCUUGGGAUCCUGAGCUGGGCUCGGUCGCGAUUGUGAUGUGGAACGGGUUUAGCCCUUUUGGGGAUUCCCCAGUGCCUCUCUCAUUUUUUUUGGAGAGGUCUUUGGCUUUGCUCCGUCGUCCGUUCGUCUUACCUGCCCAUUUGGCCCGGUCCUGUGGAUCCUGAGCUGGGCUCGGCCGCGAUUGUGACGCGGAGCGGGUUUAUCCCCUUUGGGGAUUCCCCGGUAUUCGUCCCGUCAUCCGUUCGUCUUACCUGCCCAUUUGGCCCGGUCCUUGGGAUCCUGAGCUGGGCUCGGCCGCGAUUGUGAUGCGGAACGGGUUUAUCCCUUUUGGGGAUUCCCCAGUGCCUCUCUCAUUUUUAGAGAGGUCUUGGGUACAGUGGUUAUACCGUUCGGAUGAUUAGUACCGCCUGGCGGGGGAUGUUGAUUUCCUCCAGGAGGCUCGCA